AUGCAUAAACCCACACCACCUAUACCUGUUAAAUAUGAUUUUUUUGCUAUUCAUCGUCCAUGUUUAUUUUAUAAAAUUUUAAAAGGUGCAACUGAUUUACAUUCUCUUAUUCCACCUCCAACACAAACUACUAUUAUGACUCUGACAAGCCGUAAUACACAACAAGUAGCAACAUUAAGAAGAGGAAGUGAAUAUCUACAGCAGACUUUUAUUCCACCGUCUUCUAAACUGUGGAAUGGCUUACCAAAUGUAAUAAAAGAAUCAAAAAAUUAUGCCAUUUUCAAAUGUAAAAUAAAACAACCCUACUUCACUAAAUUAAAAUUGCCUCCUGUUAUUGACAGAAUGACAGAAAUCUAUUUUAUGCGAUGUAGAGUAGGUUUUAGUCAAUUGAAUCAGGACUUGUUGGAGCGGAAUUUAGUAACAGAUGCGAGUUGUGCAUGUGGAUCUAAUAGUGAAACAGCAGAACACUUUUUUGCAAUAUGUCCUCUAUACAAUGCACAAUGUGCGCGCCUGCUAUGGUACUUUGCUGGGCUUUUCUCAGUAAAUUUAUGAAUACGGGGAUCCGAGUAGGUACUUCCUCGGUAAACAUACUGCUAUGGGUACCUGAGAAAGUACCCGUCUCAGUAAAGUUACUGAACAUUUUUUUGAUACCAAAAGUAUAAAUUUCAGUCACUUUUUACUGCAUAAUAAAUUUGUGUUGAAAUUAGAUAAAGACAAAAUAAAAAUAAUUGUUAACUCCGUUAUAUAUUAUAUUAAGACUACAAAUCGUUUUCGUACGUCAUAUGUUGUAACUUCUGCACCAUCAAAACCAAUACGAGACCCCUACCGACGUAACCCGUUUUGCACUAGAACUUAGUGCUCUCAAUGUAUCAAACUGUGUACACACCUUCAUAUUUGUAUUAUACUAUGUAAGAUAAAAAUAAAAGAGAAGAAAAUAAGAUAAAAAAAAUAAGAUAAAAAACAAAGAGAAGAAAAUAUAAUUCAACUAUAGAGAUCAAAUUUACCGCUUCCAGUCUUCUCCUCUUUUGAUCUUGUCACUUUUCAUUUUCUAUAUGCGCGCUGCAAUAGACAAUGGGAUAAGCUAAGAACAGCACUAAUUUUAUAUUUUAACCGAAAUAGUUCACUCAUCUUGUAAUGUUCACAAGUUAUACAGAGUCAUUUAUUACGUCUAUUUGCGCUGCUCCUCUAUUCCAAACGGACUUAAAGUACACAGAAACGAACUUGAAGAUCUAACAAUUACAGCAAAACAGAAGAAUUUCAAUUUAAUAAUCUAGUAUGCAAUCAACAACAUUAGGCCUCUAGCAUUCAGAUAGGGAUAUACAUAUAUCUCAGAUAUAUGUCUAUUGACAUUUACUUCACAUUUGUCACGUUUUCUUUCUGUGUAGAAGAAAACGAGGAAAGAGAACAGUUAUAGUCUCGCAUUUUGUUCUUCCACUAACUGUUCUCUUUCCUCGUUUUCUUCUACACAGAAAGAAAACGUGACAAAUGUGAAGCAAAUGUCAAUAGACAUAUAUCUGAGAUAUAUGUAUAUCUCUAUCUGAAUGCUAGAGGCCUAUUCUUUAUUUAUGGCAUCUUUGAAUAUUUUAAUGUUCUUCUACCAUAGAAACGGAAAGGUCGUGCCGGUUGCCGUUUUUCAAAUAACUUUUUAACGAAAGGUCUUAGCGACCUGCGGUUUUCACCAUCGUAUAGAGAACACUUAAAGCCAUAUUUUUAUAAGCAAAAACAAGUU